AUCCUUGACGAAUGGUUUGGGCGGACGGUCAUCUGCUCCUGCGUGAAGCUAAGCUACGACCACGCACAGAGUAUGAUUGAAAGCCCUGGGAAGGUGUUCUCACCUGAAGAGCUUCCCCCUGUCUCCCCUCAACAUUCAAUAGCCGAGAUCCAGCAAGCUGUGCUGAACUUGCAUCGAAUCGCUCAGCAUCUCCGCAAGCAGCGCUUCAUCGACGGCGCUCUGCGCUUAGACCAGCUGAAGCUGGCGUUUACCUUGGACCAGGAGAGCGGGAUGCCUCAAGGCUGUUAUAUCUAUCAGUACCGGGACAGCAACAAGCUGGUGGAAGAGUUCAUGCUGCUGGCGAACAUGGCUGUGGCCCAUCAGAUCUACCGCUCCUUCCCUGAGCAGGCGCUGCUUCGCCGCCACCCCCCACCCCAAACCAAGCUGCUGAAAGACCUCAUGGAGUUUUGCAACCAAGUUGGCCUCAACAUUGACUUCAGCAGCGCAGGGACCCUGCACAAAAGCUUAAAUGAAACAUUUGGUGCUGACAAAUACUCUGAAGCAAGGAAAGAAGUGCUGACCAACAUGUUCUCCAGGCCCAUGCAGAUGGCUCUCUACUUCUGCACCGGCGUCCUGAAGAACGAGACCCUCUUUCGCCACUAUGCCCUGAACGUGCCCUUCUACACGCACUUCACCUCGCCCAUCCGCCGCUACGCAGACCUCGUUGUGCACCGGCUCCUCUCCGCCUCGCUCGGUGCCAGCUCCCCCAUCAAGAUGAAGAAAGAGGAUAUCCAGAGACAGGCAGAUCACUGCAACGACAGGAAGAUGGCUUCCAAGAGGGUGCAGGAGCUCAGCGCUGACCUCUUCUUCGCCGUCUUCGUCAGGGAGUGUGGUCCUCUAGAGUCAGAGGCCAUGGUGAUGGGUGUCCUGAACGAGGCCUUUGAUGUCCUGGUGCUGAAGUUUGGAGUCCAGAAGCGCAUCUACUGCAAUGCACUGCCCUUGCUGGGCUUCCACUUCCAGAAGGUGGGGAGGAAGCCGGAGCUGACGCUCAUGUGGGAGCCAGAGAACCCGGAACAGGAAUCCAUGCCCCAGGUGAUCACCAUUUUCACGCUGGUGGAGGUCGUGCUGACGUCGGAUGAUGCCCCGCUCAAGUACAGCGCCCUGCUCAAGAGACCGAGCUUGGAGAAAUGA